UAACUUUGCAGAUAUGUCAAAGACUAUGUCAUCAGUUCAAAAAGAACUUAUUGCUUUGAAGUCUGAUCGGUCCUCAGUGGAUACAAGUCCGGACUAUUCGAGGAAACGCGGACUGAACAAGAGUAGUUCGCCACCCCCUCGCAAGAAAACAAAACUGUCUAAAGUUUGUAACCGGCCUUCUCACGAACUUAGCGAUGAUGAAUCUGAUGAAGAGAAUUCAGCUAAGUCGGAUGCCGAUGACGCACUCAAUUCCCUUAUUGAGGGAGGCGAUAGUAUUCAUGGUUCAUCAGAUAAUGAUGAAGUCUCUGCUCUUAAUGAACUGUCAGAAUUUUUCGGUGAUGAAGAUAAGACAAGCGAGCCGUUAAGUUCUGAACUGGCAAAGAUAAUGGAGAAAAUGUUCAUGACCAAAACUAACUCGGAGAAAAUUAAAGAAAUCUCCAGCAAGUAUGAUAGGCCAAAAAACAUUAACAAUGUUUCUGCACCAAAAGUCAACAAAGUCAUAUGGGAAAACAUGUCAUCCAAAAACAGAGCAAGUGACAUUAAAUUACAGACUACCCAGAAUCUUGUAGGAAAAGCCAUGAUUCCGACAUUGAGACUGUUUGAUAUGCUCAUUAAUUGCAACUCGAAAAAAGGGUUGGUUGAUGUUAAGAAGGCAAAACAGCUGUGUGGUGACAUCUUGAAGUUUCAGAAAUGUGUUUUCCAUAACUUGUCUUACAAGAGGCGGGAACAAAUUAUCCAGCCUGAGAAAAACAAACAGUUUGUUAGUUUAUGUUCCGCAGAGAGCUCGUCAGAAAAUUUAUUUGGAGACGACUUGGGCAGUCAAGUGAAGAAUGUCCUAGAGGCAAAGAAACUUGCGCAAAAGAUAUCGAACAAAGAUUAUGGUGGGAAAUACAGGAUCCCCAAAUUCUCCAAUAGCUACGGGAAGAAGCCAAGGCAUGGGGCCGGAAAGAGCAAUUUUUUGGCCAAACAGUUCAGUUUCAACAAGAAAAAGAAGAAGGGGGAGUCAAAUCAGUAGUUACACAUGAUUGUCAUAAGCAGUGUCUUGAAGAAAAUCAAGGAGGAAGAAGUGAAGUUUGCUCUGUUGAUAGCUCCAGUGUGGAAGACACAGACAUGGUUUCCGCAGUUGAUGCAUCAAGU